AUGACCGAGUCCGCCCCCAAACGCCUCAAGACCGGCCCCAAGAUCGGCACCCACAACGGACACUUCCACGCCGACGAAGCGCUGGCAGUGCACAUGCUGCGCAUGCUCCCAACCUACCACGACUCGCCGCUCAUCCGCACGCGCGACCCAGACCUCCUCGCAGCCUGCCACACCGUCGUCGACGUCGGCGGCGAGUACGACGCCCAGCGCAACCGCUACGACCACCACCAGCGCGGCUUCACCACCACCUUCCCCGGCCGCCGCACCAAGCUCUCCAGCGCGGGCCUCGUCUUCAAGCACUUCGGCAAGGCCAUCAUCGCCCAGAAGCUCGGCGCCGGCGUGCCCCAGGACGCCCCCGAGGUCGACCUGCUGCACGACAAGCUGUACGAGAGCUUCGUCGAGGCCCUCGACGCCCACGACAACGGCAUCAGCGUCUACGACCCGGCCGGCAUCUCCGCCGCGGGGCUCGAGAAGCGCUACAGCGAGGGCGGCUUCACCCUGGGCGCCGUCGUCGGCCGCCUGAACCCCAACUGGAACGACGAGAGGCCCAGCGACCCCGACGAGGCGCAGGAGGCCGAGGACGCCAGGUUCUACAAGGCGAGCCUGCGCAUCGGGGAGGAGUUUGAGCGCGACCUGGACUACUACGCCACGGCCUGGCUGCCGGCUCGCUCCGUCGUCCAGAAAGCCUUCGACAAGAGGUCCGAGUUCGAUCCCGAGGGGAGAGUGCUCGUCUUCGAGGGGCAGAGCGUGCCGUGGAAGGACCACCUGUACACCUUGGAGGAUGGCAAGCCCACGGUUCUGUACGUCUUGUACCCGGAGUCGACUGCGCCGGGCGCCAAGUGGAGGAUCCAGUGUGUGCCCGAGUCAAAGGAUAGUUUUGUGAGCCGUAAGCCCCUGCCCGAGGCGUGGAGAGGCUUCCGCGACCAGGAGCUGGACGGUAUUUCAGGUAUUGAGGGUUGUGUAUUUGUCCACGCGGCCGGCUUCAUUGGCGGCAACAAGACAUUUGAGGGUGUCAAGAAGAUGGCUGUCAAGGCUCUGGCGUAG